AAAUCGCAAAAUAAUCUGUUACAACUACUAAGAUCUCAUAUCGAAGAAGAAUUUAAUAAUAUUCCUAGAAAGAAAAAGAAAAAAACUACCAAAUCUCUCUAAUAUCAUAUACAUUUCCUCUGUUUUCGCCUCCAAAUAAAACAAACAAAUAAAAACAGAGCAAACUCUCUCUCUUCCUCAAGCUCUACUGAUCGGCGAUAAUGGCGAAGUGUCACCGGAACAAUGUCAAUCCUCUCAUCCUCCACCGCAUUCCCUCCGCUUCUUCUUCCUCCUCCUCAUCCGUUAACACUUUCUCCGGAUCGUCAUUCCGUAGAAUCAUCUUCGACGCCCUUAGCUGCGGCUGUAGCUCUCGUUACCAACGUGAACUCCGAGAAGAAGAAGACGGUUCGAAAUCUACAACGAUCGGAGAAGAUUUAGCAAAGAAAACAGAGAAGCUCUGCGAUCUGUUGAACUUAGAAGUGAUUGAGAGUGGUGUCGAGACGAAGAAGAAAGAAGAAACGUUAGAGGUUCUGAAACGUGUUGUUAAAGAUUUACAAGCUGCGGAGGCAGAGGCGGAGAAGAAAGUAGCGGCGGCGAGUGAGGUUAGGUUGUUAGCAAAAGAUGAUAGUGAAGUGAGAGUGACACUUGCUAUGCUCGGUGUGAUUCCUCCGUUGGUUAGUAUGAUCGACGAUGAUUCACUAAUCGAAGAUGCUCAAGUGGCUUCGCUUUACUCUCUUCUAAAUCUUGGAAUCGGCAAUGAUGCGAACAAAGCAGCCAUUGUUAAAGCAGGUGCUGUUCACAAAAUGUUGAAGAUAAUCGAGUCGUCUAAGCCACGGAAUCAAGCGGUUUUCGAGGCUAUUGUCGCUAAUUUUCUAGGGUUAAGCGCGUUGGAUUCAAACAAACCGAUCAUUGGUUCCUCGGGUGCAACUGUUUUCCUAGUGAAAACAUUGAAAAACUUUGAGGAAACAAGUAGCUCAAGACAAGCUAGAGAAGAUGCUCUUCGAGCGCUUUACAACCUCUCAAUCCAUCACCAAAACGUUCCGUUCAUCCUCGAGACCGAUCUGAUUACUUUUCUUUUGAACACGAUGGGAGAUAUGGAAGUUAGUGAGAGGAUUCUGGCAAUCUUGACCAAUGUGGUAUCAGUACCUGAAGGAAGGAAAGCGAUAGGGGAUGUGGUUGAAGCGUUUCCAAUAUUGGUCGAUGUAUUGAACUGGAAUGAUUCAGUAAAAUGUCAAGAGAAAGCGAUUUAUAUCCUCAUGUUAAUGGCUCACAAGGGGUAUGGAGAUCGGAGAGCGAUGAUCGAAGCGGGUAUUGAAUCUUCAUUGCUUGAAUUAACACUUGUGGGAAGCCCAUUGGCGCAAAAGCGAGCCUCGAGGGUACUAGAGUGUUUGAGAGUGGUGGACAAAGGGAAGCAAGUCUCAGCUCCAAUCUAUGGAAUAUCUUCUUCUUCUUCUUCAUUGGGUAGAGAGAGAGGUCAUGAGAUUAGGAUGAGUGAUGAGAGAAAAGCAGUGAAGCAGUUGGUGCAACAGAGUUUACAGAGCAACAUGAUGAGGAUUGUGAAGAGAGCUCGUUUACCUCAUGACUUUGUUACUUCACAACAUUUCUCAAAGAGUUUAACUUUUUGAAUCCAAAAACAAAAAGAAAAAUGUGUAAUCUAUUAACCGAAUCAUCGUUAAUCAUUGUCCAAUAAAAGUUUCUAUUAGA